AUGAUACUGAAAGGCGAAGUCCCUUAUGCUCUCGUCAGGGUGCUGGAUUUGUUCUCUCAGGCGCUUCUCAGCCUCAACUUCAUGCUCCCCCACCUGAUCAGACAGCUCAUCCAUUUACUGGGAAAGUCUACUUUCCAGCGGCUGCAGAGCAAUCUCCAGUUGAUCAAGGCAGGUCGCCAGCACCAUGGAGAUAAGACUUUGGUCGUCUUCAAUGUCGACGGGAGGAGGAGGAGGCAGCUGAUCAUUGGGGAGUGGUGGUUCUACCCCAUCGUCAUCGUGCAGAUCCUCGUCGUCCACCCCAGAACCUUCACCCUCUGUGUCAAGAUAAAGGCGGCCAAGGGUGUUAAUGAGCUAUUGGAUGUGCUCCCGGCGUGUCACGAAAGGACCUGCAGUGAGGUCAUGAGCUACCGACCCUUCCUCAGCUCGUGUAUCGGACUCGUAAAACCCAAACCGACUGUGAGAGUGAAUCCUCAGAGCUCCAUCUACACUGGAGACACCGUCACUCUGACCUGUGAGCUGCAGGAGUCCUCUCGAUGGGAGUUUCUCUGGUACAAAAAUAAUCAGCAGUUACAGAGCUUAAGCACUGAACGUACAUCCAACAACACACUCCAUGCAACAGUGAAUAAUGCAGGAGAGACAAAGUAUUGCUGUGUAGCACGCAGGUAUAACACCUGGACACGCACAUACUAUGACACAGAGUACAGCAAUCAAGUCCAAAUUACAGCAAGAGAUGGUGAUGUGAUCCUGGAGAGUCCUGUCCAUCCUGUGACUGAGGGACAUCCUCUGACACUACGUUGUUUAUACCAGAACAGAAAUUCCUCAAACCUCCCAGCAGAUUUCUAUAAAGAUGAAUCAUUUCUCCAGACACAGACUACAGGAGAGAUGAUCAUCCAUAAGGUCUCAAAGUCAGAUGAAGGUUUCUACCACUGUAAACACCCAGAGAGAGGAGAGUCGCCGAAAUGCUGGGUCUCAGUUAGAUGUGUGGAAGCUCCAUUCUCAGUGCUCAUGCUGAUCAGUCAUGUAGUUACGGCCUCUCCUUAUCUGCUGGUCACCAUCAUUCUGCUGGUGAAAUGUUACAGAGCUCGAGCUCACAGCGAUAAAGAGAAAAGUGGGAAUGCAGUGAUAGAGGAGUGAGCAGAGUUCAUUUAUUUAAACAGGAUGCAUUAACUGUAAAUAUAAUUAAAUAUCUAUCUUUUGCUUUUAGGCUUUUUGAGGAUUA